CAGAAUCUAGUUUUCUCCUGAGCUGAAAGAGGUGGGGAAACUUCGCGUGAAUUCUUCCCUCCCUUCUUCUCCUCUAAAGCUGCAGACCUAGGUCUGUGCUUUGGUAAAAUAAAUACAAGGCUAAUUUAUUUAUUUUUAAAUCUGGAGGUAGCUAUUUAUAUAUUUAUUUUUUUAAAAGUCCAUAGUUUGUUUUAACUCGGAUUAUCUGAAGACUCUCCGGCCGCCUGUAUUUUUCCUAGGAUAAUAAAGAUGAUUGAUACGCUUGCAACAAGUGGGACUCAGGAGUUACUAGUGCAGCUCAGUGCAUUGCUUGAACAGGAAUUACAAAGUCAGCCAAAGCUCUCUGGCUUGCGAAUAAUUGAAUCGGCUCAUGAUAAUAGGUUCCAGAUGACAGCAAGGUUGCGGGAUUUUGAAGUGAAAGACCUGCUUAGUUUGAUUCAAUUCUUCAGCUUUCGCACAGAGACGUUUUCUCUUGCCGUGAAUUUAUUAGAUCGUUUUUUAUCAAAAAUGAAGGUGGAAUCAAAAUGCUUGGGCUGUGUUGGCUUAAGUUGCUUUUACUUGGCUGUGAAAGUCAUGGAAGAAGAGAGUAAUAUUCCAUUAGCUACGGACUUAAUCCGAAUAAGUCAGUAUCGGUUUACUGUUAGUGACCUAAUGAGAAUGGAGGGAAUUAUUUUAAAGAAGCUACAUAGAAAAGUAAAAGCAACAACUGCCUUCCAGUUUCUGCAACUGUAUUGUUCAAUUCUGGGUGAAAGCAUCAACUGUGAAAGGAAAGAUAAUCUUAAAUUAGAUAGACUUGAAGCCCAACUAAAGGCCUGCCACUGCAGACUUAUUCUUUCAAAAGCAAAGCCUUCAGUAUUGGCACUUUCAAUAAUGGCUCUAGAAGCUGAAGAGGAGAAAGUACCAGAAUUGGUUGAAAUAAUACAAUGUCUCCGAAUACAUUCCAAGAUAAAUAGCAGUGAAUUUUCCUUUUGGAAAGAACUUGUAUCAAAGUGCCUCUCAGAAUAUUCGUCAAGCAAAUGUUCUAAGCCAAAUGGACAAAAGCUAAAAUGGAUUGUGUCUGGCCGCACAGCCCGGCAACUGAAACCCAGUUAUUACAGAAUUGCCCAUCUUCCCACAAUCCCAGAAACUAGUCCCUAAAAGUGGUAAUCCUGAAGAAGAGUAGAUGGGACAUUGUCUGGCAACAUAUGUUCAAUCAACAAGGAUAAAAGCUUUUCACUGCUGAAACAGAAUUUCUUGGAUUCUUCUGACCUAUGGAAAGUCUGAUUUCAUGAAUAUUAAACUGCAACCACAUUUUUUAAACUCUGAACUGUACAACAAUACAGCGUGUUGCCACAAGACUCUUCUUAAUCUUCUCAAGGUUCUUAAUAAAACUGAAGACUUUUUUUUUAUAAAACAGUGUUUGGGGCUAAAAUACAAACAAGCCAGCUGCUUUUGUUUUAAUCUGCCCUCUGGAAAUGUGAAAAUGUGAGUCAUCAUAGAGCUUGAUCCUUAAUAAUUCUGCACUUCUGAACUAAAUGGUGGUAGAAAAUGAAUAUGAAAAUGAACAUAACCAUGUUCUAAACUAGUAAAAUAGAUAUGCAUGUAUUUUCUAGUGAGAGUAGGAACAUUACUAAGGGAAAGAAAGUUGCUACAUCUGAUACAUGGUAAUGGUAAUAAUGAUUGAGAAACUCUAACAUAAAAUUCGAAAUUAAUCCAAAAUUAGAUAAUUCCUUUAAAUCAGAAGUGGGGAACGCAUGACUGCCUUGGGAAUUCUGGGAGUUUAAGCCCACAAAUCAUAAAAGAGUCAAGGUUCCCCACCUCUGCUUUAAAUCUUGAUUCACAUUAGAAGUUGGGAACUGAAUUAAAAAUAUGUUGGUCCUAGAUCAUACUGAGUUCAAGAGCUGAAUUUAGAGAUCUGUAUUUACAGUGCAUUAACAUAAAGAAUACAUUUUUAGCAAGCAUUAUUACAGUUCAGAUUGUAGCCAAGUAUAUUUGAAAGAAGUUGGAAAGUCACUGUAGAAAUUAAAGCUGUUUAAAGAAUGCAAGUCAGGCACCAGCUGAGAAUGUGGGCAAUGUCUAAAAAUAGAAUUAACAUUUUGAAUUUCUCCCAGAGUGUUUUACCUCAAUCUUUAGUUCUGCUUGCAUGUACCAAAAUUGGUGGGGCAAAUUAAGCAUGAUUUGACACAUCUGCAUUUCACUUCAAACACAAGCUAAUUUUACUACACUUACCUGAUUUGGAUUAAACUUUUUUAUGUGUUGCUAUUAGAAGCAUAAAAAGUUAUAUGUUUAUAUUAAGCAUAUAUUUUGGGGAAUGUGUCUGUGGUUUUGGAUUACUAUCAAGCUUUCAGUAAAACAUUGUGUUAAAUAAUUUCAAAGCAUAGAAUUUAGUGUUAUGCUACUUUAAACAGUUUUAAUUAUCUUUUUCAACUUGAGAAUGUAUUCUACCAUACCAUAGUGUGUACUGCUUUGUUCAGCCCAAAGUUGGGCUGAGUGAAUUUUACUAGAGUGAAUUUUACUAGAAAGAACUUUGGGAGCUGAUGCUAAAAGCUAGGCAGGGUUAAACUACUAUUUUGCUCAUUCAAUUUAUAAUUAUCAGUUGAUUCAAAUGAAUAAUUGAGGUGGCUACACCAACACACGUUAUGCAUUGUGAUUUAAAAGCCUAAGGAAGCAACAGUUGCUACCCAGCAGUGAUCUAUUAAAUCAACUGUCAACAUGUUCAGUAGCUUUUGUACUUUGGUUCUUUUUAAAUCACUUCGCAAUAAUGUCUGUUUAUAGUUGUACUGUGUUCAAUUUAGUAUUCUACCUGUUUUACUGGUUGUUUAAAUUGC